CUCUCUCUCUCUCUCUCUCUCUCUUUUUCACACACCCAACAACACAUAAAGCAAGGGCCAUACAUACACAGAAGAACGUCCACACAGACCCUUCAAAAACAUUCUUUUUUCUCAGCUUUUGUACCCGGUUUCAAGAAAAGUGGUUUUCGCUCUUUUUGAGGAUAACAGUUUCUUCUACCUUUGCUUCGCUUCAGCCAUGGACACUGCUCAAUGGCCACAGGGAAUUGUGGUGAAACCAAUAGAAGAGAUAGUGACAAACACAUGCCCUAAGCCUUCUUCUGCGAAUAAUCUAGAGAGGAAACUUGCAAGGCCUCAGAAAGAAUCAGCCCUAAACUGUCCAAGGUGCAACUCCACCAACACCAAAUUCUGUUACUACAACAACUACAGCCUCACACAACCCAGAUACUUCUGCAAGACCUGUAGAAGGUACUGGACUGAAGGCGGGUCCCUCAGGAACAUCCCAGUUGGUGGAGGCUCAAGGAAGAACAAGAGAUCAUCAUCUUCUUCCUCAUCAACAACAACUUCUAAUAUUUCGAACAACUCAUCAAAGAGGCUUCCUGAUCUGAUACAACCCCAAGGCAACCAAGGUAACCAAGGCCAAGAUCUAAACUUGGGCUUUCCAUCUAAUCAAGUUUUUGCACAGCAUCAAAUCCCCAACAUUGAUCAAAACAGUGACAAGAACAACAACUCUUCUAGUACUACCACAACAGCAUCUCACCUCUCAGCUUUGGAGCUUCUCACUGGUUUGACCUCCAGGGGUUUGAACUCCUUCAUGCCCAUGCCAGUGCCUAAUUCAGAUCCCAACAGCAGCAACAACAGUGCAAGUGUAUAUACAUCUGGGUUUCCCAUGAGUGAGUUGAUGAUCAAGCCAACCCUUAAUUUCUCUCUUGAUGGGCUUGGAAGUGGGUAUGGGAGUGCUCUACAAGGUCAUCAUGUUCAAGAAAAUAGUGGGAGGCUUUUGUUUCCAUUUGAGGAUUUGAAACAAGUGUCGGGCAGUGGUAGUGGAAUUGAUCAUCAUCAGCAGAACAACAAGGAGCAUCAUCAUGGUGGAGACUCAACUGGGUAUUGGACUGGAAUGUUAGGAGGAGGAACAUGGUAAAAAUUUAAGAGGAUCGAAAUAUUCCUGGUCUUUUUCUUCUUUCUUUCUUUCUGAUUUUAAUCUCUAUUUAUUAAUCUUCUUCUCUCAUGGUGGCGGGUGACUUGUUUGGAUUCCUGAGUUCAUAAGUACUAACAGAUCAUAGGAUACAUGGGGCUUUCUUAAUUUAUCACUUUGGAUUUCUACUUUGUCUUGGUUUAAUUAUGGUGGGUUAUUUUUUUGGAGCUUAUUUUAGAUUGGCUUCAUAAAAUUAAGGGCGACUUUUUAUUGGGAUACUACUACUACUACUACUCUAUGAGGAUAUUAGAAGCAAUGAUGAUCAAGAAGACCAGCAGGCCAGAAUUUUUUUUAGGGUAUGUAGCUAGUAGAGAAGAGGCAUGCACUACUGUUCUUGCAUAAUGCCCUUUAUCUCAUGUAAUUGAUCUUCUCUAGCUAUUUUAUCACUAAGAGAAAGUAAAGGGCAGCCCACUGUAAUUUGUCA